AUGGGUAAUCUUAAACCCAAGAUUGCUCUACUAGUACAACUUUUCAUUCCAAUCGCAUAUCUGUUGGCCUACUUCUUCAUUCUCAUUAUUCCUAAAGGCGUUCACAGACCAGGAUGGCAUCCGCAGACGUGGAUCGUACCAGAGGAAGUUGAUGUAAGCCCUAUUCAACGCUACUUCUUCAUUCUCAUUAUUCCUAAAGGCGUUCACAGACCAGGAUGGCAUCCACAGACUUGGAUCGUACCAGAGGAAGUUGAUAAACCUCAUGAUUUCACCGGAGAACAGAAGGAAACGAUAUUGGGAGAAUACGGCGAUGCAACAGGACAAGAACUUCCUCAAAGGAAGAUGACUUUUAUAGAACGAGUACGCCACAUCGUGCCUCUUCUACAUUUAAUGAUACCAUUAUCAGUGGUCUACAUUGCAGAAUAUCUCAUAAAUCAGGGCGUGAAUCAACUUAUUAUAUUCAAUUGCCAUGAAGGAUUCCACCUUACGUUAAGCGCACAAUAUCGAUGGUAUCAGGUAAAUUUAUUAAUUGUUCUCUAG